ACGGUCGUGUUUUUACACCAUGAGUAGGGAGCUGCAAUUCCGCCGCUAGCUUCCCAUUGCCGCCAUCAUCUCCCGGGGUAGAUUUGUAAUGGCAUGCAUACAGAAUUAGCUGUAUCGUUCCAAAAACUGCUCCAAAACCAUUCCCAAUCUACACAGAUGAAGUAGAGGGUAAAACUAAAGAAAUUGAGAGUAAAUGGGCUGAAGUGACAAAAGUUGAAAACAUCAAGUCUGAUUCCAUGAUUUCCCCAUUUCAAAGACCAGAAUUGAAUUUGUCUUCUGCAUACACAUGGAAAAACAUGGUGGGCUUUAUCUCAUUGUGGAGAUAAGAUGGGCUUAAAAGAAAAGAAGGGCACGAAGAGGCACAUUAUGGAAUAUAAAAAGGGGCAGCCGCUGGAGACUUGGGGAAAUCAAAGAGACUUCCGAGAGAAAUCAAAGAGGCAGCCGGCAGAGAGCUUUGAGGCGAGUUUGAGGCAGAGCUUGCGCAGAUUCUGUGUGAGUAACGGCAGACGCAAAGGCAGCCACUGGGACACCUCAAUCGAAAACAAAGGGGACAAGCGCGACAGUGAAGGGCUCCAGAUCUGAGUUUCACAAAUUGGGUUUUUGCUCUUCUAAACUUAUUUUUUCCUUUGUUUGGAUAUGGAAUUGUGGUUCAUCAAUUUAAACUCAGAUUUUAUCAUGUUUAGUAUGAACUAAUUUUGCCAUCUAAGGCUACGAUGUAGCCUAAUCAAUUUAAUAUAGAAUUUCAUGAUUUUUAUAUUUUCAAGGGUUAUUAUUUCAUGUUGAGUAUAUAUUAUUGUUCUUAAUGCUUUUUGAUGAUUGGCCACCAUUAAAACUAAUUUUAAGAGCAUAAUUGAGACCGAGAGGAAAUUUUAUGCAAUAGCUUUUAGUAAUAUAUACCAUGAAUUGAACGAAAGCCAGAGAUGGACCAACGUGAUUUGUGCAGCAUUAGUGAUAAGUGGACUUAAUUUUCUACGUAAACUAGGGAAUUUCAUAGAACAUAAUGUGUCUUUAUCUAUUUAAAUUCACAUAGAGAUAUAGUGGGUUAAUAGGUGAAGAUAGGUUUGGUAUAACUUGAGAAAGUAUAUUGAAUAAAUUAGGAAAUCCCGCUGUCACAUGAAUAAUAAAUACCUUGGAAGUAU